AUGAAUAAGAAAAGGUACUUUCUGGAUCCUCCAGAGAUCAAAGACUAUCUGGUCAAAGGAGAAAGAUUUACCAGGUGGUCAGAGGACUCAACGAAGACUGAUCAUGUCACCAUGAAGAUGGAUCUGAAAGGGUUUUAUCUCUACUGGAUCAACCAAAGCAAGGAAACAACAUUCGUGGAUGUUGCUACCAUCAGAGAUACCAGAACAGGGAAAUAUGCAAAACUUCCCAAACACUCAAAGGUCCGCAAUGUGUUCAACCUGGACUUCCCAGACAGCAACCACCUUGCCAAAACCCUGACCAUCGUCUCAGGUCCAGACACAGUGAAUCUGACCUAUCAUAACUUCUUUGCAUCCAAGGAGAAAGUAACACAGAACUGGGCAAAUGACAUCCUUGCAAUUGCCUACAACGCUGCAAGAAACAAUACAUGCAGACAAGUCUUCCUGGAAAAAAUAUACACCCGGAUUUCUCUUCAAACCAACAAGGACGGCAAGAUCCCUGUGAAAAAUAUUUACAAGAUGUUCCCUGCGGAUAAGAAGAGGGUAGAGAGUGCCCUGGCGUCAGCACACCUCCCCAAAGGAAAGUAUGACACCAUGAAGCCUGAUGUCUUCACUGAAGCUGCCUUCAAGGCCUUCCUGUCAAAUCUCUGCCCUCGACCUGAGAUCUAUGAGAUCUUCACUUCUUACUCCACCAAACCCACCAUGACGAAGGAGAACUUCACCAAGUUCCUCAAUGAGAAACAGAGGGACUCCCGCCUCAACGAGGAGCUGUUUCCACGACUGCGGCAGGACCAGAUCAAGGCUUUAAUAGACAAAUAUGAACCUCUCUCUGCUAAUUCUAACAGAGGUCUGAUCUCUCCAGAAGGCCUUUUAUGCUUCCUGAUGGGGCCGGAGACAUCAGUAGUGAUGCAGGACAGGCUGGCAAAGUGUCAGGACAUGACUCAGCCCUUACCCCACUACUUCAUCAAGUCCUCCCACAACACAUACCUGACAGCUGGUCAGUUUUCUGGCGUGUCUUCUCCGGAGAUGUACCGUCAGUGUCUGCUGUCCGGCUGCCGGUGUCUGGAGCUGGACUGCUGGAAGGGAAAACCUCCAGAUGAAGAGCCCAUCAUCACCCAUGGCUUCACCAUGACGACUGAGAUUCUCUACAAGGAUGUGAUUGAGGCCAUUGCUGAGAGUGCCUUCAAGACCUCACAGUACCCUGUUAUCCUCUCAUUUGAGAACCACGUUGACUCGGUGAAACAGCAGGAGAAGAUGGCAAACUACUGCAAAACCAUAUUUGGUGAUGCCCUGCUGACAGACCCGCUGGACAAAUACCCUCUUAAACCAGGCCAGCAGAUCCCCAGCCCAUCUGAGCUCAUGGGCAAGAUCCUUAUCAAGAAUAAAAAGGGCAGCCAUGAGAAGCCAAGCCAGACUAAGAAAACCAGCACAGCAGCCAGUGACCAGACCACAGCCACAGCUGCACCCACCCCAGACCCAAAAACCACUUCCCAGGAUCCUGCUAACCCAGCAGCACCCAGCACCCAGGAGAACCAAGAAGGGGACGCAGCUGUGGAGGACAACGAGGAGCAGGAGGAAACGGAGGAACAGGAUGAGGAGAAAAUGAAGACAUCCGAUGAGGGCACAGCUGGACAAGAAGUAACAGCGUACGAGGAAAUGUCAGCCCUGGUCAACUACAUCCAACCCCACAAAUUCAUCUCUUUUGACAAUGCCAGAAAGAAAAACAAGAGUUACGUCAUCUCAUCUUUUGUGGAGACUAAAGGCGAGGCAAUGAUUUCCAAGACUGCUGUUGAAUUUGUCGAAUACAACAAGAGGCAGAUGAGUAGGAUUUACCCCAAAGGAACAAGAAUGGACUCAUCCAAUUACAGUCCCCAGCCGUUUUGGAACGUAGGCUGCCAGAUGGUGGCGCUCAACUACCAGACGAUGGAUUUCCCCAUGCAGCUGAACAUGGCUCUGUUUGAAUUCAACGGGAGAACGGGCUACCUGCUCAAGCAUGAUGUUCUGCGUCGCAGUGACAAGAAGUUUGACCCUUUCUGUGACAGGAUCGACACCGUUGUGGCAAGCACGCUGACCAUAAAGAUCUAUUCCGGCCAGUUUCUGUCUGACAAGAAUGUCAAAACAGGGGUUGAGGUGGAGGUGAUUGGGCUGCCGGGGGACCCCAAGAAGAAAUAUCGCACCAAGUGGUCCACCACACCCAACGCCAUUAACCCUGUGUGGAAUGAGGAGCCUUUUGUCUUUGAGAAGAUUCUGCUCCCAGAAAUGGCCUCUUUGAGAAUUGUAGUCCAUGAGGAAAACGGUAAAUUCGUGGGGCACAGGAUCAUCCCUCUUGAUGCUAUCCAAUCAGGCUUCCAUCACAUCUGCCUGCGCAGCGAGAGCAACAUGCUGCUCACUCUGCCUGCUCUCUUUGUGUACAUCGAGGUCAAGGACUACAUCCCUGCUGCCUUCGCAGAUUUCACAGAUGCCUUAUUUAACCCAACAAAGGGCACAGAGAAGACUGCAAAGACCACAAAGGAGUCAUCUUCUGACUACAUUUCUCCUUAUGAGCUGCCUCUCGUGGUACAAACCCCCACUGAGAAGGCCAAGAAAAAAGAAGCCCCUGCUACAGAAAAAGCAUCAUUUGAACCUGCAACACCCGUUGAGGCCAAUGAACAAUCAUUGCAGUCUCCAUCUGAAACAAGUGCAGAAGAAGCUAAAGAAGAGAGCACACCAGAGACUCCACAACCUGCAGCAGAGCCUCCUCAAACUCCUGAUACCCCUCCUGUUGAAGAUGUAGCACCGGAUGCAGGAAACACCACAUCUGAAACUCCCCGUGAAUCUCCUAAAGAAGUUCCCCCUGAGAAGGAAGAGCCUGAGGCAACUCCUGAAGACAAAGAAGAGCCGGACACUGACUCCAGUGCAAAUCCUGAGCCUGUUUCAGAUGAAAAACCGUGCACAGAAACUGCCAGCACGGCUGACGAGGUUCAAGGAGAGCCUACUGCUGUGGCUGAACCCUGUCCAGCAAGUGCAUCUCCUGAGCCUGCAGGAUCAGAUGACUUAUCUCACCCGCCAACAUGUAGCGAAGAGCCUUCAACUGUGACUACUGAAGAACUGACACAGCACAAGAACUAUCUGAAGGUCAUCAAGCGUCAAGAGAGAGAGAUGAAAGAAGCAGAAAAGAAAUAUCUGAAAAAAGGAGAGGAUCUAAUUCAGAAAUACUCUGACUCCUUCAAGGCCAUGAAGAAGAAGACCUCAGAGAAGAAAAAAGAGGGAGGGGGAAACACAUCUGACUCCAGUGUGAAGAUGGAGCGGGUGCAGGAACAGAAGGAAAAAAUGCAGGUUGAGCUGCAAGCUUUGUGGCGGGAGCAGUCUGAUCAGCUGAAAAAGAGGAAAGAGCAGUGUGCCACAGAGAGACUGGCCAAACUGCUGGAGAUGGCCACAGAGAGACACACCAGUGAACUGAAGACUCUGGAGAGUGAAAGCAAAGAAAAUAAGAAGAAAACGCUCUCAAAAUUCUCAUCCUCACAGAAAGCAAAGCUGAAAAAGGCAGGAAGCACAGAGCUGUUGGAUGAGACCAGUCACUCUGAUGGUGGAUCUUCAGAUUACAGUCCUCAGCAAGAGGCUCUGAUCAAGAAGCAGGCUGCUACACUGGAGGAGAUCAAGGCACUGACUAAUCAGCUCAAUCAGGAGGCCCUGAGGGAGCACGAGCAGAAAAUGAGGUCUCUGCCAGCCGAGGUGAGGGAGGCUGUCAACGCCUGUGUGGGGGCUCACUUCCCCAAACUUGUCGACCAGGCUGGGGACAAUAAGGUGGAAGGCGUGGGCUUCUAUGGAGAUGUCUUCUUGGGUUAGACGUGCCGUUGUAUCCCUGACCCUUUGGUUUAGCCCCAUCCUUAUCUCAACCUCUUACAUAACCUACAACCUGAGCAUAUUUGUAGAAGAUUAAUCAACUAGGGAAACUGAGUGAAAUUUUAAUUUAGAGGUGCUAUUCAUUCUAUUCUUUUGGAGUUUGAAGCUAUAAUGAUGUUUUAAUAGAUGUCAUGGAGACCAAAGGUUAGACAAUUUGGAAAUUAUUUCAAUUUUCCAUUUGACUUUAUUUCUGUUGCUAACAUCCUAAAUUCGGCUAUACACCCAAAAUAUCUUCCAGUUCAAAAGAAGGAAUAAAUGUACCAAGAACAAUAUAGCGGCAAAAACGAGUUAUCAGAGUCCGCAGGCUGAAUUGAGAUGAUGAGUUGAUGUGUCACACUUCACUUCAACUUAAAUUUGCUUCUACUACUCCACAAAGCCAGAGCAGAGCAUUCAUUCUGAGACUGAGGUGUGUUGUGACUGAAUAAGGUUUAAUAGAAAAAAAGGUAAAUUUAAGUAGGACAAAGGUCCUCUGGAGGCAUAAUACAUGGAAAUACACAACAUGCAACACCAAUACAUUAAUAUUCCCUUUGCAGGAAGAAUUUUUGUUAUUUACUCCUGUGAUGAAAAGUUCUUAAUUUACCCUUUAAUGUGUGUUUUGCCCUUUGUUUCACUGAGUACAUUUAGCAUCCUGGUCUUCAGUCUGGUUUUAAUCAAAUUCAGGAUAUACUGUUUACAAUGAACACAGUGAAAUCCAGUUAUUCAUAGCACUGUUUACAUGAUUAUAACAAUAUCCAGGUUUCUGAUCAUCUACAUCUGAGCAGGUGUGUCUUUUUUGACUAAUUUCUGUACUAAAUGAGUUACAGCAACAGUUUUCUUCCUGGACUCUGCUGUAUUUAUCAUUCUUCUAGAUCUAACUUCUCCAUCUAAACAUCAGUAACGGAAGAUGAGAACAACAGUAAGAUUUUUUCUCUACAUGCCAGACACUUGUGUGCAUGGCAGAGAAUGACCAGAAACCCAGAUAAGGUGUUUACAUGCCACAACUUCAAGGUUUCUGUCAGAGUACAGCAGCUAGCCAGGAAAUCAUGUCUACAAAUGCAAAAUAUGAAAGGUUUACUCUGAAAUCUGAUCAUAAGCAGGAUAAUGUGCACAUUCACACACUCUUUUUUCAUUCAUACCCUUUAACAAAACUGUUUCCCCAACCUUUUUUGGACUUGUGACACCUUAAUACAGACCAAUGCCUACUGUACUUGCAACCCCUUUUCAGACGGUGCAUGUCUGAGAUGUGAACAGUUCAAUUGCAGAGAGAUUUUCCUUGCUCCAACUGUUGGAGGCCUGAAGAGAUAAAAGGAAAAGUCUGAAUAAUAAAAAUAAUUUUGUGUUU